CUAAGCAGCGACAAUAAAAAUUGUUCUAAGUUACACCCCUGUGGUUUUAAAUUGUGUAUAUUGAAGCGUUUUGUGUGUGGAUACAUAGAUUUUUUAGCCACUGAGCGAUUUUCCAAUUUUUUUUUUCUUGUAAUGUGUGUGUUGUGAUGGACAGUGAUUGAAAAAAAGAAAUUGAUAGAAAACUCAUUACAAUGGCAGGAAAUGUGAUUUUAUUAUCAGAAAUCAAAUCCAAUUGGCGAUGAAAUUUGUAACAAUUUUUUUUGUACACAAACUAAGAAGAUAUUUCCCAUCAGAAGAUAUUUUGGAUACCAAUAUAAUAAAUGGCUUCAGCCGUAGACUAUGAUUAUUUAAUCAAAUUUUUGGCACUUGGUGAAAGUGGAAGCGGGAAAACGAGCUUUCUGUAUCAAUACACCGACGGUAAUUUUCAGUCGAGAUUUAUUUCAACGGUUGGUAUCGAUUUCCGGGAAAAACGUUUGAUUUACAGAGCUAAUGGACGGAAUAAUCGUAUUCAUUUACAACUGUGGGACACUGCUGGUCAAGAACGAUUUCGCAGUUUAACAACCGCAUUUUAUCGGGACGCAAUGGGAUUCUUGUUAAUAUUUGACUUAUCAAAUGAAAAAUCGUUUUUGGAAGUCGUGAACUGGUUGGAACAGUUAAAGGUUCAUGCUUACUGUGAAAAUCCGGACAUUGUUCUAUGUGGCAAUAAGAGUGACCUGGAACACUUACGCGUCAUUAGCGAAGCCCGAGCCAGACAAUUAGCCGAAAAAUAUAAUUUGGUGUACAUUGAAACAAGUGCGGCUACAGGUCAAAAUGUUCGAAGAGCUGUUGAUAUUUUGUUGGAUAAAGUUAUGGCAAGAAUGCAAAAUGCUGUUGAUCGAUCGAGAUUGCCAGGAAGGCGUGGUCAGCCGAGAAAAUUCGACGAUCCAUAUCUGUACCAAACUGUUACGAUUGCACCAAAUAAGAGAUGCUCCUGUUAAUCAUCACAACGUUAAUUCUUUUUAUCGAAGUUUUGUUACGAAGAAAAUUGUUGAUGUUUAGGGUCGAUGUACACAAAUAAGCGGACGGUCGAUACUCGAACUGUAUGAAAAAUUGGUCCAGUUUGUAUUUCCUUUAAAAAAAUAAAAAUACGGGAGGGUGGCACCAGUGCCUAUUUUCGUUCCAGCUCGUCGAUAAAGCCUUUGCGUAGAAAUCUAGUGCUUCAGCAAAAAACGAGAUUAGAUGUGCGACGAACUGGAA